CAAUGCAUGUAAUAUAUAUCGCAAAGAUGAUGAAAGUUGAAGACAUCUAAAAAUUAACCCACCCCUCCCUAAUUUGUUCUAUUUUGGUCUUUGAACCAGUCCCUCGCGAAUUUCAACAUGGUGGACUCUUCAGACUCUGAGCCAGUCAGUCCCAGUACGAAGCAGGCUUCUUAAAUUCUUAUWAAGCAGGCUACGUUUCCUGAUUAAGUACUGGAUUGAGUCUGUUAUCAUUCAGWUUUAAAAACUUGCAAGUCACUUCAAUUGCAUCUAGUUAAAACGUCUGGUCAGCUGUGCAACUGUGAUUUUCUGUUCUGACUUCUUUAAAAAUCUUUUAAUAUACAUGUAAUGUUGAUAYUUCAAAUUUGCCCAUGUAUCGUGGAACAGUCUCAUAGCAAUUCAAAAAGCUUAGUUGUGAAACAAGAAGAAAUGGACACUGGUAAAGCAGUCAAUUCCGUUUUCGAUCAAGACGACACAGGUAACCCAACUUCCUCGYCAAAGAAGACAUCGAAAUCCAUAUUUGGUAAAGUUGUAUUGGGUGUCACUGGRGCUGYAGCAAURGGACUCGUGGCCAUAACAACGCCAUUCAUUACUCCGGCUUUGCGMAAAAUCUGUCUUCCUUAUGUCCCAGCGACAGAGCGGCAAAUYGUCAAUGUACUUCAGAUGUGCCGACCCCCACGUGGACGAGCUAGUSAGAGUAGUUCGUUAGUGGAUUUGGGUAGCGGAGAUGGCAGAGUGGUUAUAGCAGCUGCUAAGAAAGGUUAUAAGGCRCAUGGUAUUGAGCUUAAUCCUUGGUUAGUUUGGUAUUCAAAGUUACAAGCAAAAUGGCAUGGAGUGUCUGACYUUGCAACGUUUUCUAGGCAAGACCUUUGGAAAGUGGAUUUGAAUGGUUAUGACAACGUUGUAAUAUUUGGCGUUUCAGAAAUGAUGGAUCAAUUGCAAGUCAAGGUGGAACAAGAGGUAGAUAKUGAYAGUCACGUGAUCGCUUGCCGUUUCCCAUUCACAUGGRCACCAAAWGACUUCAUUCAAGAUGGCAUUGACAGCGUAUGGUUGUACAAAAAGCCUUUCCUUCCUCAUGAAAAUAGUCAGUGACAGUGAUCAGUCGACCUAAGUCAUUAUGACUAAUCCCUUGCGUUAGGGCACUUAAUCAAUUUUCCCUAAAAACAUUCUCCUUCAUUAGAGGUUAAUGAAAAAAGUUUGAAGGAUAAAAAAACUUCAAAUGAGCAGAAACGGUCAUCUAUCUAUCGUGAUGUAUGAAUAAGUGUCUCAACCAGGGAUGCGUAUCACGUCUCACGACUACAAAAAUCGCUUUUUCACGACUCACUGUUAAUUUUUACAAAUCACGGUUACUUUAGGCAUUUUAGGAAAUUUUUCCUAAUGAAACACCUAAAAAAUUGCAUUUCAUUAGUGAAAUGCGUAGCGGCUUAGUCUGGACCGCGGUGAUUUAGUUCCCAUGAUUCUUUGCUCUAGAAAAUGGCGCCAAACGAGAGAGGGCACAUAACGCGUAAAGGCUGAUUUACACGGUACGACUUGUCGCGCGCGACUUGUAGUAUACGAUUUUCCUACUACAAGUCGUAGGAUUUUAAGCAGUGGUUCAAAAUCCUACUACAAGUCGUAGGUUACGUA